AUGAAUGUGAGCGAAGGGAACACACCUGCGAUCGUAAUGCCGUCUGCGAAAACACUGAAGGAUCGUUCACAUGCCAGUGCAAUGCCGGUUAUACCGGCGACGGACAUCAUUGCACCAGUACGGACGUCGAAGCAACUGAAGCUGCACCGCCACCUCCAGUGGAACGCGAAGAGUCACCCUCUGGCCAUCGUAAAGGAGUGUGCACGAAUCACCAACAAUGUCACAAAUGGGGAGAAUGCGUUUUUGCUGACGGAUCUCCAUACGGACAAUGCCGUUGUCGUGGAUGGUACACUGGCGACGGAGUAG